AGAAUAUAUACAAAAUAAAUACUGAUUAUAAAUGACUACACCUGCACCGCGCCAUAUUAAAGAUUUGUUGACAUUUGGCACGGACUCGGAGGAUGAAUACGCCAAUUCGCCCUGUAAGCCGCCAAAGGCAAAGGACGCGGCAUCGGCUCCAGCGGCUAGAAGCCAAAAAGAUGCAAACGACAAUGCCAACAAGGAGAAUGUGGGACAAACCCAGGACAAGGCAAGGCAUACGGAAAACGAAUCUACUCCGCCGGCUUACAGCAUGUUUCCCAGGCGUCCGUCGGAGAUGAGGAUGCUGGAUUCGGACAGUGAGGAUGAGGAUAACAAUUUGAAUUGUGCCAUUCUGAACGACUCCUUUGUGCUAACGCCAACGCAUGAGCUGACGGGCAGCAACUCGGGUGUCUCAUCCGCAGCAGCAGUUCCAUUGCGCGCCAGCGACUCCAAUUUAUCCUUUCUUGGUCGCUUCGGCAACAUGGGCAUCAACUGCAGCGGCAGCACCAAAACCACCACCACUACCAAAAAAUCACCCAAUCCACAAAAGCAGCCAGCUCAAAAACCAGCGCCGCCAACGCUGAAAAUCAUUUCGAAGCAACGCAAGGUGGUGAAUAGUGAGUCGCCUCUGCGUGCUGGCCCAGCAACCAGCACUUAUAAGUCACAUGCCAUUCCGGAGACGGAAUUCGUGACGCCACAGGUGUGCAGCAUGUCCACAAAGCAGACCACGCAACAGAAGGCGCGAAACGAAGUGGCGAAUCAGUUUCGCGCACAGAAGGUGCUCUUCCAGACGCCGAUGACGGUGAGUCGCGGUGCGCCCUUCACCAGCGACAGUCUCACAUUCUCGCUGUGCGACACCAUCAGCGAGAGUCCCGAUACACCCGCUCAGCCCAAAGAAUCCUCAUACAACAAAACGAAAAAGUCACUUGAUCGCGCCUUUCGCACCACCGAACAAAUAAAGCCAGCUGUGCCUGAUGAACAGCCAGCACCCACACCCGUAUCCGUUCCCGUCUCUGUGUCCAAUUCCGUACCUGUUGCUGCAGUACCUGCCAAGCCCGAAGCAGCUGCCAAGUCGAGUUGCAGCGUGCUGCAAAUCAAGAGCCACGAGUAUGUUAUGGUUAAGAAGCUCGGCUGUGGCGGCUCCAGUUCUGUCUACUUGGCUCGUCGGAAGGAUACGGGUCAAGAGUUUGCCCUAAAAGUGGUCGAUCUGCAAGCCGAUCCGGUUGUGGUACAGGGCUAUCUCAAUGAAACCAAGCUGCUCGAGAAGCUCCAGGGCAAUGCAUGCGUUGUGUCACUCUACGAUUAUGAACUGUUGCGGCAGGAAUCUAAGCUGUACAUGGUCAUGGAGAAGGGGGACUGUGAUUUGAACAAGAUCCUGCAGGGAUUCACCACAAAUAUACCGCUAUAUAAUCUGAUGAACAUACUCUAUCAAAUGCUGCAGGCAGUCAAUUAUAUACACCAGAAUGGUGUCAUUCAUUCUGAUUUGAAGCCAGCCAACUUUCUGAUGGUCAAUGGCCGUCUGAAGCUGAUCGACUUUGGCAUUGCCAGCAAUAUUGCUGUGGACUCGACAAGCAUCAUUAAGUUCUCACAGGCGGGCACAUUCAACUACAUCAGUCCGGAGGCAUUAACCGACAUCUCGAGCGGCACAAGCCCGAUGCGUGGCAGCAAUCAGCCCAAGAUCAAAAUCUCAACGAAAUCGGAUGUUUGGUCGCUCGGUUGCAUUCUGUAUUUGCUGCUGUAUCAAAAGACCCCAUUUGGCCACAUUCGAAACAUCAAUGCCAAGAUGAAUGCGAUUGCCAAUCCCGGCACCAGCAUCGAGUAUCCAGCCAUACCAAUUUACUAUCCAAUCAUGCUAGUGCAUAUGGUCAAGAAUUGUCUACAGCUGAGUCCGAAGAAGCGUCCGUCAUGCGUCGAGCUGCUUCAGUAUCCAUUCCAUAUGGUAAUCCCCUUGCAGAAUCUUCAGUUGGCGUCCAAGCGCUGAGUUUCUCACAUGAUUUCCUCCAAAGUAAAUAUUAAGUUCCAUUUGUAUUUAUGCACAUUUAAUCAGAUUAAAACACAGAAAUAUAAUGCACUGAAAU